AUGCCGAAAAGGAAAGCUGCGACGAGAAUCUCAGGUCUGCUCGACUCUGACGAUGAGAUUGUCGACAACGCUGUCGCGUCGCAUUCCGAAUCACACGACGAACGACCCGCGAAGAAACCCAGAGGCAGGCCUAAAUCUACUGGUGUAAAGGUCGAAGAACGAGCAGCAUCAUCCAAACCUGCUCGCACUUCAUCAGCAGCAGCGGUGAAGCAGAACGGCACUACAAAGAGAGUGUCAAAUCGGGGACGACGGCCUAGAGCAACCACAGGAAAAUCGGAUACAAUUGAUGAAGAAACGGAGGAUGGAUUGCAUACCGAUAAUGAUCUCCAGCAAGAAAGCGCUCAGGAAGAGGAAGUCGCCCCAGCAGAAUUGUCGCCAGUCAAAAAGAGGAGGGGUCGACCGCGAGAUUCAGACAGCACUGCGAAACAAACACGCGUGACGGAAGACGGCGAAUUCGAAUAUACUCCAACAGGUUCGCGGCAAUUUAAACCUACAGAAGAGGCUGUGAUUCCCGAUAGUCAGAACCCGACUUCAGACGCGUUCGUAGGCGACGCGCACCCUUCAGACAAAAGAUCUAGCAUAAGCUCUCCAUUGAAGUCUCUGACGAAUGGCGAAAGACCUGGCCGAAAACGCCCAACUGUUACUUUUGCGGAUACCGUUGAGAAAGCAUCAUCAUCCGAUCCAGACCUAAGACGCAUGCUCGGCGACAUGACAAAGAAGUAUGAGACGUUGGAAGUGAAGUAUCGUAACUUACGAGAGAUUGGUGUUGUGGAAGCCAAUGCCAAUUUUGAAAAGAUAAGGAAACAGUGUGACAGCGCCAUGAAUGCUUCAAAUAAACUCGUGGAGUCUCUUAAAGAAGAGCUUGCAGCCCAAAAGGUUCUUGGCAAAGAAUCUAGAAGUCUGCAGAAGCAACUCCGCGAGCGAGAGAAAGAAGUGACGGGUCUUCAAUCGCAGGUCGACGACCUAUCGACACAGUUAUCCACGGCUCAGACGGAAAUCAAAGCUUUACAGACAAAACUGGCAGCUGCACGAAACAAUUCUGUGACCAACGAUGGAUCAAACAACAAAGUCCCUGGAAGCGCCAUCAAGAACGGUACGAAUCGCAAUGCUGCAGCAGGCGCUGCUGCCGAGGCGGCUCAGGCUGCUCAUUUAGCGCAGUUGAAAGAGGACUUGUACAGCGAUUUAUCCGGUUUGAUUAUUCGAAAUGUCAAAAAAAGAGACAUGGACUACCUUUACGACUGUAUCCAAACUGGUGCAAAUGGAACACUGCAUUUCAAACUCGCCGUCGCACAUGAUGGCAGUGGCAACAUGGCUUCCAAUUUUGAUACGACAGAGUUCCAUUAUAUGCCCCUUUUGGACUCUAAUCGCGAUGCAGAUCUAGUUGAAAUUCUACCGGAUUAUCUUACUGUGGAUAUCACAUUUUCGCGGCAGAACGCGUCAAAGUUUUAUAACAGAGUUAUCGAUUCUCUAACGAAACGACCUGUCGAUUCGAUCGAACGAUAA